AAAAUGGCGCAUCGUGCGUGGGGGCAACCCCAAGCAAGCCUCCAUCUGAUGGCAGCAUUAGGCAGUCCCGUGAAACAUUUGCGUGGGAGUUCCCUCCACCGCCAUGUCGGGAUAGUGCACAUCUCUCUCUCCGUCUGCGCGCAUCCUCCCCCAUACUAACAGCUUAGCGCAGCAGAAGCAGCUCGUUCUGCCUCCAGCAUCCGUCCAUCCAUCCGUCCAUCCACCCAUCCAUCCAUCCGUGCCUGGGGAGCAGCAGUCCAGCCCGGCGCAGCACCGACGCACGGAGGGGGCGCCUCCACUGAGUGAUGCCACUGCUUCAGUCGCCUUUCGACAAGAAAGAGUAGAUCCUGCAGGCAGGGGGGAGAAGACCACACGUUUCAGCCUCGAAAAACGGCCACUGCUCAUGAAGAUGUCUAACGCUGACAUCGUCUUAAACCCCACCGAUCGGGUGGUCAAAUCUGUCCCCUUCCCCUUGAGCCAUCGCCUUACAAUGAAGGAAGUGUUUGACUGCGAAGGGAAACCUCGUGUGGAUCUUUUGAAGGCUCACCUGACCAAGGAAGGCCGCGUGGAGGAACCCGUGGCCCUCCGAAUCAUCAACGAGGGAGCAGCCAUCCUACGCCAGGAAAAAACAAUACUAGACAUAGAAGCUCCAGUCACAGUGUGCGGGGACAUCCACGGGCAGUUCUUUGAUCUCAUGAAGCUGUUUGAGGUUGGAGGAUCACCAGCCACAACGCGGUACCUGUUCCUUGGAGACUACGUUGACCGUGGCUACUUCAGUAUCGAGUGUGUUUUAUACCUUUGGUCACUGAAAAUCCUCUAUCCAAAGACACUAUUUUUACUUCGUGGAAAUCAUGAAUGUAGACAUUUGACAGAAUAUUUCACCUUCAAACAAGAAUGUAAAAUCAAGUACUCAGAGCAGGUGUAUGACUCGUGUAUGGAUGCAUUUGACUGCCUUCCUCUGGCAGCUCUCAUGAACCAACAGUUUCUCUGUGUACACGGUGGACUCUCACCUGAAAUACAAACCUUAGAUGACAUUAAAAAGUUGGAUCGGUUCAAAGAGCCUCCAGCCUUUGGGCCCAUGUGUGACCUGCUCUGGUCUGAUCCUCUGGAAGACUUUGGCAAUGAGAAAACUCAGGAGUACUUCAGCCACAACACAGUGCGAGGCUGCUCCUACUUUUACAGUUAUCCAGCUGUAUGCGAGUUCCUGCAGAGCAAUAACCUUUUAUCCAUUAUCCGAGCGCACGAAGCACAAGAUGCUGGCUACCGGAUGUAUCGCAAGAGUCAGACCACCGGGUUCCCAUCCCUCAUCACAAUCUUCUCCGCACCAAACUACCUGGAUGUUUACAACAACAAAGCUGCUGUAUUGAAAUAUGAAAACAAUGUGAUGAACAUUCGGCAGUUCAACUGCUCUCCACAUCCCUACUGGCUGCCCAACUUCAUGGACGUCUUCACUUGGUCUCUGCCAUUUGUGGGAGAGAAGGUCACGGAAAUGCUGGUGAAUGUUCUGAGUAUCUGCUCUGAUGAUGAACUCAUGAAUGAUGAAGAUGAAAUUUUUGAUGCCAAUGCAGCUGCACAGCGCAAGGAAGUGAUCCGAAACAAGAUCCGUGCUAUCGGGAAGAUGGCCAAAAUGUUCUCAGUUCUCAGAGAGGAGAGUGAAAAUGUGCUGACGCUGAAGGGCCUGACUCCCACAGGCAUGCUGCCCAGUGGGGUUCUGUCUGGAGGCAGGCAGACACUGCAGAGUGCCACCAUUGAAGCCAUUGAAGCCAUCGAGACGCAUGAUGAGGACAGAGAAGCGAUCCGCGGGUUUUCCCCCCAGCACAAGAUCACCAGCUUUGAGGAGGCGAAGGGUUUAGACCGCAUCAACGAGCGCAUGCCACCACGCAAGGACGGGGUGAACCACGUGGGCCACUCCAUGGGCAAGAUGAAUAUGUCCGAAGCCAACGGCACAGAAGACAACAGCAACAUCCAGUGAUGUGCUGUCGGAGCCUCAGCACCGUGCCGCCCGCUGCUUCUGCGCAGCAAGACUCUGCUUAAAUCGGAAAUUCAGGCCUUAGAACAUAGAAAUCCAACGGGCCCACAGAUAGAACACGAAAAUUUACAAACGGAUGAAAAGGUAAUUUAUUUCAUGACGGUGAGUCAUCGCACAGUUGGGGGGAAGGGGGGGUCUGGUGUUUGCCUCAAUAGGCAGGGGUGAAGGAGAAACCUGCUGCUGCAACCUGACUACAAAGAAGUGAAACUGAGCGUCGUGUCUGAUUGUUGUUCCCUCUCUGAACCCAAAUGCAAGUGGAGUUGCUGGGAGUGUUGUUGUUGUGAGUGCUGACACACUUUAUUCCAGGGCCAAACAGAGGACUGUCCAUGCCGCACGAAUCAUUUUAGUGUUUUAUAAUGUAUUUACUAUGAAUUGAUCACAAAAUUCACAUCAAGCGGACAAUAACUGUCUUCUUCUUACAUGUUUUGUUCAUGUUAGACGACAUCACUUUACGAAGGAAAAAGUUGUGACUUAAUUGCAACCGAACGAAGACGAGGUUCUCAUUUUAUGCUCAGAUUGGACAAAAAGCCUGAGAUCAAAUUCCAACCGCUUCAGUUAUCUUCACUGUUGCUCCUUUCCUCGUCUUCCUCGACGUCAGCCAUCUCCCGGCAAGACGAAACUUGGAGGAGGUGAGGGAUUGAAAGAGAAGGGGAUGAAAAGAGCACUGCUGGCUGAAGGUAGCUCGUUGCCACUGAAGUUUUGCAUCCACACGACCCUUCCUUUGCAUGUUCCGGUGAAUCUCAGCGGGUCGGAAUCCUGUCCAAAUUCUCUCCUCCUCCUUUAGCGAACUGUCCCGCAGAUGGGUUGCCUUCGUUCACGUCCGUGAUGAAAUUCACUUUUGCUGGUGGCCUUGGAUCAUCUCACCUCUCCCGCAUUUACACGGAAUCUUACUGAAAAGGACGAGAGCCUAAAGAAGCUAAACGGUCGUUCAGAAACCAUAGGAAUAUGUGCAAUCAUGUCACACGUGUACAUCUGCACGUUUUUUUUUUUAUUUUUUGUGCUGCCUAAUCAAAGAGAUUUUAUACUUACUCUGUCAAGUGAGUGAAGAAUUAAACAGCUGUUUUAGUUAAAGAGCAUUAUUUGAAAUAUGCAGAUUUAGAUCCAUACAGACACAUAUGCAUCUUUUGAGUCAAGAAAUAUAAAUUAGAUAAGCAAAUGAAUUGUUUUCUUUUUUUAUUAUUAUUUUUGUUGCUAAGAUUGAUCAUAAAUUAAUAAAGGGCGAUCAAAAAUGCCUUUUUCAUGAAAAUUGAGCACCAUAUAGGUUAGAUUUAUAUUAGAAUUUACCAAAUAUUUUAAUUUUAAUGUUUCUUUAAAAAUAAUUUAUUUUAUCAGAUUAUACUUGAAAAAUGAAUACAAGCUUGCUGUGACCACCUUAUAAUCCAGAUUUAAGAAAAAAAAAAGAAAAUUUAAGCAUCAAACUAUUUCGGAUUUUUUAAAACUCUGGUUGCAAAAAGAAAUCAAUCAUCAAUUUUUAUUUUUCAAGUUUAUAUCCAUUGAUCAUGUGAAUUGAGGGGGGACAUAAAGUGACUUUUAACACAGCAUCUAUGGUAUGGAACGCAUCAAUGCAUGCAAUUAAGUUCCUAAUUGUUAUGUGAGAUUAUAAUCGUGAUAGUUGUGUUUUAAAUAGUAAACUUGAAUUCAUUUAUUUUAUUUUGUUUGGACUAUAUUUGUAGUUUUGUCUUGUUUUAUAUUUUUUAUGAAUAGGCUUCCUUUGAUUUUUUUUAAUACAUUAUUUAUAACAACUGCUUUUCAUUUUAUUUAUUUAAUUUUUUGGUUUACUGAAUGCAGAAAUGCCCUUUUUACAUUGUGAAGCCUUGUGUUACUUUGUUUGAUUUUAUUUUUGUACUGAUGUACAGAAAAUGUUCAGUAGUGUGAAUGAAUAUAAUCUCAGUGAAAAGCAACUUUCCAGGCUGCCAAAGCAUGAUAGCAUGGUUUUCAAAUGUAAAUGAUCUGGACACAAAGAAAAUCAGGUGUCACGCUUACAUUUAACAGGAAACAUUGUAUUCUGGUUAUAUUUACUGCUGAUAUUAUUAUUGUUACAAUUUAGCUUAUGGUUCUUUUCCUUCCUCCAUUUCUGGUUCUUGUGUGGUUUACAUGCAUACUUCAUCAAAGAAAUAUAAUGAAUUUAAUCUUGCAACAUUUUUUAUUGUCAAUUGAAACAUGUUUUGGCAUUUGACUUCCUGAAUAAUACACACAUUGUAAGCAUGCCCUAUGGGACAAAUCACAUUUUUUACUCUUGAAUAAAAUAUGCAUGAGCAAAA